UGUUUCUAGCGCCCCUAGCGCUCGCGUCGGAGUAGAGCAUCAGACAGCCUGUAGCGCGAACACACCAUCGCCGCUUGGCUCCGAGAGCUCCAACUAAAACAGUCACUGCAACCAUUUAGUUCACCAUUCGCCCGUGUCUUUCCCACUCGACUUUAGCACGAUUUCGCCCCUCGACACGCUCGCGGCCCCGAGCCCUCCUCCGCAACUGCGUUAUCCGAUGUUUGAUUGGAUUAAAGCGGGGUUAGCCUUUGCCCUCUAACCUCGGUUGCUGAAAUUUGGCUAGCUGCUUCCUGCUCCCCUCCCCGGAGGACCGCGGACCGAGCGCCGAAGCGCCCUGCGCGAUUACGACAAACCGGGGCGAGCCGCCGCCGUCACCGCCACCUCCACCUCCACCGCCAUCACUAGAGAAGCCCGAGCAAGAGCCACCGAGCACCGGGCAGGCGGACGAGACGAGCAGAAAACCAUGCGGAGGAAAUCGAGGAUAUUUUUAUGUUUUGCGGUGCUGUGGGUGCUGGGGAUAGCCUACUACUUCUACUCGGGGACGGCGUUGGGUCGAAAGGAUGACUGGGACUCCAGAGACUCCUCUGCCCGAAACAAAGCUCAGAUCUCUGAUGACAAGACUCACAGUCAGGAGGUUCUGCCGCCCGGUAAGGUCCGUUGGCAGGACUUCGACCAGGAUCUGUAUGUUGGAGCUACGGUGGUUCGACCAGGUCAGGAUCCAUACGCCAGAAACAAGUUCAAUCAGGUGGAGAGUGAUAAGCUCCGUAUGGACAGAGCUGUGCCCGAUACCAGACAUGACCAAUGCAGACAUAAGCAAUGGAAGUCAGACCUGCCAGCCUCAAGCGUGGUCAUCACCUUCCACAAUGAAGCCCGCUCCGCUCUGCUACGCACCAUUGUCAGCGUCUUGAAGAAAAGUCCAGCUCACUUUGUCAAAGAGAUCAUCUUGGUUGACGACUACAGUGAUAAUCCGGAGGAUGGAGCGUUGCUGGGCAAAAUUGAGAAAGUCCGUGUUCUGCGAAACGACCGCAGAGAAGGACUGAUGCGCUCGAGGGUUCGUGGUGCAGAUGCUGCCACGGCGCCAGUCCUCACCUUCUUAGACUCCCACUGUGAAUGUAAUGACCACUGGCUUGAGCCGCUCCUGGAGAGAGUAGCCGAGGAUAAGACCAGAGUAGUUUCUCCCAUAAUUGAUGUCAUCAACAUGGACAACUUCCAGUAUGUAGGAGCUUCGGCUGAUCUCAAAGGAGGUUUUGACUGGAAUUUGGUGUUUAAAUGGGAUUACAUGACUCUUGACCAGAGACGAGCAAGACAAGGCAACCCUAUCGCCCCCAUAAAGACUCCCAUGAUAGCAGGAGGUCUGUUUGUCAUGGAUAAGGAAUACUUUGAGCUUUUGGGGAAAUAUGACAUGAUGAUGGAUGUUUGGGGUGGAGAAAACCUGGAGAUCUCAUUUCGUGUGUGGCAGUGUGGCGGUAGUCUGGAAAUCAUCCCGUGCAGCCGAGUCGGUCAUGUCUUCAGGAAACAGCAUCCGUACACCUUCCCUGGUGGCAGUGGCACUGUCUUUGCAAGGAACACCAGGAGAGCUGCUGAGGUGUGGAUGGACGAGUUUAAAAACUUCUACUACGCUGCCGUUCCCUCUGCGAGAAAUGUGCCGUAUGGAAAUAUCCAGAGUCGUUUGGAUAUGAAGAAGCGUUUAGCCUGCAAGCCCUUUAAGUGGUACCUGGAGAAUGUCUACCCCGAGCUGCGUGUACCAGACCACCAGGACAUUGCCUUCGGAGCCUUACAGCAGGGAGGAAACUGCCUUGACACACUGGGACAUUUUGCUGAUGGCGUGGUGGGCGUUUACGAGUGCCACAACGGCGGCGGAAACCAGGUAGCGUUACCAAGGCAACACACACAGGAAUGGGCCCUGACGAAGGAUAAGUCAGUCAAACACAUGGAUUUGUGUCUGACUGUGGUGGAUAGAACAGCGGGCUCCCUCAUCAAACUGCAGGGCUGUCGAGACAAUGACACCAGACAGAAGUGGGAGCAGAUUGAGUCCAACUCGAAGCUCCGUCACGUGGGCAGUAACCUGUGCCUGGACAGCCGCAGCGCCCGCAUGGGCGGUCUCACCGUGGAGGUGUGCAGCCCCAACCUUAGCCAGCAAUGGAAGUUCACCCUGAAUUUACAAUCUUAGGGGACAAAAAGACACCAGGCUCUGCUAAGAACAUUACGCACCGACUGACUUUAAGAAGAAGUAGACGCUGUCAACUGGAGGAGAAAGACAAACAUGAUGGAUGGAUGAAUGGGUCCAUCUUGCUCCUCCGCAGGCUUCUGAGGUCAUUUCAAUACCACCACUCCCCACCGCCCCUCCAACUUACAGACCGGCGGAGGGCCUUGUAGAACUUUAACAGGAAACUGUCAAUAUUUAGUGGGAGGACCAGUGCUGGCGACGCUGAUGACAAAGAGGGGGAUCAAAGCGAUGAAGGCUGCUUUCCAUCCAAAUACUAUAAUACCUCAGUGUUUUUCUCAUUGACGGUUCGGAGGCAAAAUAACGUGUGAAUUCUUUGAGUCGUUUGUUUUCUUGAAUGUUGGUUAAGAAAAAAAAUGAACACAUUUAGUGUUUUUAUUUUGUAAUUUUCUUUUGACUAUUUUAAUUACUGUUAAUUAGUGGAGGUUUGUAGGAGCUUUUUUUUUGUUGGGGGGGGGUUGUUUUUAAGAACUUUCGCAAAACAGAAACAAACUUUUCCGACCCGAUCCAGAAGUCGAAUUGGAGGAAAACAACUUUUUAGUGUUUUUUUUUUUUUUUUUUUUUUUUUUUACCCCUUACUUUGAAUCUCAUCGGUUUACAGGAUCGGCAGAGAUGAGUUGGAGGAAAAUAACAUAUUUUCUACUAAUCCCCCCGCACCCCCCACACACACAUACAUGUGCAGAAGUUGAAGCGAAGAUUUCCCACACCAGGCAGAGAAGUUCUGGAGGAAUUCUCGGAGAACAUACAUUGAGGAGUUGUCCUCUCUCCUCAGGCUGUAGCCCUGGCUGCUGCACUUUAGCAUCCUUUUUUUUUUUUUUUUUGUCAACUACACACACCACAAAGCUCUUAGCAACCUUUUUUUUCCUUUUCUUAUUUCUCUCAAGCAAAUAGUAAAAAAAAAAAAAAAAAGCUGCAAGGACAAUGAACUCUAGAGGAUUGAUGUCUUUUCUUUACUCUUGCUGCUUUCCAGCUGCUCUCUCGGGAGUGCAACCGUUUUAUACAACUUCUGUUUGCGUUGUGAUUUUAUUUUGCUCAGCACAUUGAACUGAAUUUGUGUUGUUUACUGUUGCAGCGGUUUCUCUCUAGAGGUAACGAGGAAUAAAUAGUGGAACUUCUAUCACCACCACCAACUCCUACUAGUUUCUCUGUUAUACUUUUUGUAGCUCCUCACUUGGUAGCAUGAGUUUGUACAAUUUUAUUUAUUGAAUCCCUUUGUGGGCACACAUCCACAGCCCUAUCCUCCCCUCCAUACGGUGCGUGCUAAGGGAAAGGAACACAGUUUUUUGUUUUCAUUUGGAUCGGGUACAAAUUGUCAAACUGUCAUUCUCAACACGGUAGAAACAUUAACUUUCAUUUUGUCAGUGUUGUUUGAAGGAUUUAUUCAGCCUGAACUUGAUCUAUUUUACUUCUUUUUUUUGUGUGCUACAUAUUGUUGCUGUCCAGUGACAUCCGGAAGGAUUCAAUUAAGAACACGUUAGCAUGAAAAGCAAAAACAACCAUAAUAUAGUGUUUGAGAUUUUUGAAAUAAGAGGACUUGUCCAGAAUAUUUUCCGUUCCUCUCAACUUCUGUGUAAUGAGAUUCCACUGAGCAAACCUUGUUAUCAGUGUAUUUACAUUUUACGUUGAAAUAUUCUGUCUAGGAAAAGAUUUUGUGUCAAAAAAAGAUGACUUUUACUAAAACAAAUAAUGACUUGACUGUAGUACAUUAUAAAUAUAUUUUAUGAACAAAUCUGCGUUCGCUGGCCACAUCUCGUGUCACUAAUUUACUACAGAAGAAAUCAUCUCUCCUGAGGAAAUGCGACCGAUCAGACACAGAAGCCGUGACCUUUGACAUACCACUCAUUUGUUGCUCCCCCAUGGGCUGACUUGUGACUUUGUUAACCCAGAAAAACAACAUAUUCCAAAUUGGGUGUUACUGUACCCUUAAAUGUUUGGUUUCAAGUUUUUGAUGAUCGUACCCACGGGGGUGUAACAAACGAUUGAAACCUACAUCCCACCUUCUGUCUGUGAUUGAUUUUCCUCAUGAACUUCUCGUGUAUUGUUAGACACAAAAUGGCACCAGAGAUUAUUCACAGAUGAUAUUUGUCAUAUCCUACUGUCGAGUCUUGAUGAUGACAAAAUUGCCGACUAAUUAAUUAUAGAUUUAGCUGCCUGAUUUAGUGCUCCACAAAUCUGAUGCAGUUCAGCGGGAAAUAUUGCCAUGCCAAUCAUCUGUCAAAUCAUGACAGUUGUUUCAUUAAAAUAAGCGAGCCAAUCAUUUAUCUCCAAUAUGAAAUGAAUGGAGGAGAUGUGCUCUGCUCUGAAUGGAGAUACUCAUUAGAAACAUAAUAAAAUGUGUAUUUAUUGGUUAUACAGCUUUACACUUAGUGCAUGCAGCACAACACGCUUGAAUCUUGUGUAAAAAUCAAAGUGGACUUUCGAAGUUGUCCUUGGACAGCAAUGCUAAGAUAACAAACAAUUGAAUGACGAUUACGGUAUGAUCUACAUUGUGGUUGUCUGUGUUCAUGCAUUUCUAGUUCUUACCCAGCAUUAUUUUGGAAGUGUUAUGCAACAAAGGAUUCGGUAGCACAGGCAGAAUAUAUCAGACCUAUACUGAAUAUUGAAAUAAGGGGAACACAUAUUUUAAUUAUGAAUUAAUUCUAAUGGUCUGUAGUCAAUGUUAAUGACCAUUUAAGGAAUUCAAGUGGGAAAAAAAGGUUUCCUUUUACUAGAGAGAAACUGCAGCCUAUAUAUAUUUUUGGGGAAUUAAAUAUUCCAUUUUCUCCAGCUUUCCUUCCACCUCUUGUGGCGUUUGUGUUUUUAAUUUUUAACAUUUUCCUUCUGCUGUCCAAUUUGGCCAUUUUUUUUCUUUCUACUGUAUGUCUAUGCCUUUGUCUUAAACUGAAGUUGAGGUGACCAUGCUGACACUGCAGCUGCAUGCAGAGCCUAUCCUGACACUUGAUAGGCUUGUGCGCUGAGCUGCCAGCACCCACGGGUGCCGGGGCAGGUACAGAGCGGGACUGGCUCGGUUGUGAGGAGAGCCUUGUUACCAUGGUGACUGUACUAUACUCUGACGGCCCCAAUCUUAGUGAGUUAGGAGGUUUAAAAUUCAAAUAACUGGCUCAGAUAAUGGAUGGAUGGAUGUUGUUGUUUUUUUUUUUUUUUUGGAGGGGGGGGGUCGUUGUGUUUGAAGAAUGCAAAAGAAAGUUACAUUAGUGUUAUGUUAUCUGAUAUUAAAUCAACAUUUUAGAUUAUCAAAUUUUAAUAAUGUAUUAGCAGCACUCAAAGGCAGCAACUCUUAAUAGUUUUGUCAUGGCAACCACCCACCCAAUAUUUGCAUUACCACGUUUUCAGCAUUGUACGGAUUUUCUCAAAUGAUAUUUGUUAGGCAUUUUAUAGAUUUUGUCCUUCCUGAAGAAGAGAAAAUGUUUCUCCAUCUACUGCCACAUGUUAGCAAUUCAAACUGCUAAAAAAAAAAAAAAAAUCCCUUCAGGAUGGGGAACCAGCAGCACGUGGGCCUCAGGCAGCCCACAAAAGGGUUUGAUCCAGUCCCAUGUGCGAUUCUGAAAACAAAUAAAAGCUCAGAGAACCUGAGCACAAUAGCCCACUGAAUGCUAUGAGUCACACACAAAAAAAUGUUUGAUUGCUUUUCAUUUUUCUAUAAAAUCAUUGUGGCCUUCAGAGGACUUUUAAACCUGAAAUGAACCCCGAUAAGAAAAAAAGUUCCGACCCAUAUCCUGCAUCUAAAACCAAUGAUUCGUCACCAAAGACUUUCAGGUUUCGUUGUGUGAAUGCUGAAGGUUCACACGUAUUAUUAAAUUUGAUUGCGUUUAUGUUCUGUUGCCUGUACAUAUCUGAGUUACCAAGGCGACACGGUCUGCUAUAUUCAUCAACCAGAACCGUUUAACCCGAUGCCAUUUUUCAUUUUCAGCAAAUGAUUUGGCAUCUCAACCCAAUCCCGUUGAUUAGCUGAUUAAAUGUUUACAUCUUUAGCACAUCGUGCCAAAGUUUUGGGGUUUUUUUUUCUGCAUGAGGGUGAAUAAGAAUAUUAUAAUAAGGUGACUUUUCCACAGGGUAUAAACCUCUCAGCUUCCUGAUUUAAUAUUUUUUAACAUUAGUGACAAAAUCAUCCAAAGCGUGCAUCCUCAUUUUAAAGUGCUGAGUGAAUGAAUGCAAUUGAGUGGACAUGAAAGAGGCGGUUUAGUUAUGUCAUAUUUAUUUCCCUAAUUAUAGCUAAUCUUAGUUGUUAGAUUAGCAUCCAUUUCAGUUUACCAGCCCUUAGAUAGUAAAGUUUUACCUGGGUAAUAACGACUUAAUGACAUGAACUUUAUGCUUGAAGCUGUGUUGUCCCGUGUGUAAAAGUGUAUAUUUUUGUACAUACCUCCAUCCUAAUGUGUGUACGUCAUGUACAUAUAUGAAGUGUACCCAGCCCCAGGUUGCUAACAGGUUUUGUUUUUGUCACACUCUACAGUGCUUCUAACUGUUCCCUCUUUUAUAGAUAUUGCAAACUUUGAAUGAAGAGAAAUGAUUAACUUAAAUAAAUGCAUUUAUAU